UACAUGUACAAAAGUAAACAAUAGCAAGAUAUGCAACUUCCAAAGCUAUAAAAGUGUCGUUUACAAAAUUCUCUGGGAUACGUAGCAACUAUUGAGUAACAGUUCAACAUUUAGGAAUACGAUUUUUUACAACAAUUCUGAGUAGUAAUAAUUAAAGAUGUGUCCUAUUAGGCUUUUAAUUAGUGUAUGUGCAAUAGUGGUGUAUGUACAAAUGGCUAGCUCCGAGAAAGAGGCGGUAGAAAUUCAGAAACUAUUUUCCAAGUGCAAAAUGAAAUCACCCGACUUCGAUGCCUGUAUGAAACGGGUUUUCAACAAACUUCGUCCAUAUUUCAAACGAGGUAUUCCAGAACUAGGAGUGGCCCCGUUUGAUCCCCAUUUCGCAAAAGAAGUUAAUCAGGUGCGCUCUAUCUUCGGCAUGGGUUACACACUCACUUUGAAAGAAGUGUUCGAGCGCGGAUGGUCGACAUCUACUGUUACCAAAUUUAAGACCGAUUGGGAAAAUCAGCGCAUAAUCUACUCACAAUAUUUUCCAGAAAAAUGGCUAGAAGGAAAUUAUGAAUUUAAGGGUGAUCUUUUCGGACUGGAAACGCUCCGGUCUGGCCGCUGGAACAUGACAUUAAGAGACUACUCGCAGACGACGCGGAUCAAGCGCAACGGCAGCGGUGUUGACGUCCACGUCGAAGUCGACCACAUUGGGGACAUGGAUAUUCAUGUGGGCAAUCUUUUAAGUGGCAGAAGUAUUAUGGAGCAAGUACUGGAUCGCAUAAUAAACGCCACGUGGAAGCCAGGUUUCGCAGUUAUACGACCGCUGAUUAACGACCUCGUCAGCACUGCCUUUACAGAUAUUUGGAGCAAGUCCUUCAAAGACUUCCCCUUGAAGUCAUUCAUCACAGAAUAGUGAAGAUUAUUUUUAUUUAUUUUGUAGUAAAAGCUCAUAUACCUCUACUGUAAAUAGUAAUAUUAGUACUUAGUGAGCGUUAAAAAUUACGUGAGGUGUUCUUUAAUUUUCUGUCCAUCCCUCUCCCUCUGGUGAGAUGUUUGAUUUUAUUCAACCCCCUCUCUCAUCCCCCAAUCUGAUAUUUUUCAAAAUGUGGGUUUCUAACGUAAAGGCGUUGGAUUGUUACUGUAUAAAGACCAAUGGUAUGAUUUUUUUGUUCCAAUCAGGAAAAAAAUUGCGUGAUAUUUUCCGAGACCCCCCUCUCUCCGUUAGAUUAGAUGAGAUUUGACUCUACCCCCUCCCUAAUAUCUCACGUAUUUAUGAACGCCUCCUUAAGAAAUUAACAUAUUAAAAUAGUUAAGUGUUCAAUAUUGUUAGAUAGAUAUUUGAAUAUACUUAAUUGUACUAGUCGAGAAUAGUUUAUAUUCUAAUGUGGAAUGAUGUCAAAAAAUAAAAUCCAGUGCAUACAGACUUGAAGAGAACGUCAAUAGAAA